AUGGGCCCUGCCACCUACUGUGACACCCUUCCUACAUCCCUGGCCGACCUACUCUCCAACACGCUCAUCCUGCGCCAAACCGCCCCCUACCUCCCCGUGUCUGCUCUUCGUAACCUGUCCCGCACCUGCAAGGCCCUCCACCAUGUCGUCAUCCAGUCGCCCGAGGCCUUUCGCUACCUGGAUCUCUCCCCGGUGAAGUCCGCCAUUGUGCCCUUUGACGGCCCCCUCGAUGUAGGCGGCAUCAACUUCCGCGCUGAGCGCAUGGACGAGGCGCUUACCGAAGACGACUUCUACAGCGGCCCCCUACGCCACAUCUUCAACAGGCUCGACAAGCUCCAUGUCCUCCAAAACGUCCACACCCUCGUGCUGGACGGGCUCAGCGUAACAGCAGAGCUCGUCAAAGAGCUGCUCACCGAAGAGAGCUUCAACGUGCGCCUGCUUUCCAUUCGCGAAACAAAGCACUUGAACGAGCGAAAGCUCCAGCAAUACCUGCGGUAUGCGGUUCGUCCGUCCAGACCCGCCGGCACCCCGCGCGUCAAGGGCAUCUACCUCUUUGGGCCUCGCGACCCCCCACCGCGCCCCGCCUCGCCUCCGAGGAAAAGACUCCCAUCGCCCGUCUCCAGAGGCGUCAUGUCUUCCAGGGGAGCGCAGAUUGGCGCACAAUGGAACGAAAAGUCUCAGCACGCACUGGACGCUGCUCUGUCGCGCACAGCAGACAAGUGGUACCAGUCCUCUGGAAAGAUGAUCCAGAAGCGGCCCUCUCCAGAAUGGGCAGAAGUGCUCCAGGCAUGCGAGGGCAUCAUUGCCUUUGAUGCUGUGCUUUGCAGAGGCCCACGACACGACCCAAGCAAAGCGUACAUCAGGGACCCUGCCGUCGCACCAGCACACCAUCCUGCAUCCUUCCUCCGCCCGUCGGUUGCCACGAUCGCAUUGGGCCCAUCUGGUUGCGAGACGUGCCAUUCUUCUUCCGAAGGACCAGCCGUGUUUGGCUACUCUAGCCCAUCUCACCAUCCAUUGCUCAGCCCUGUUCCGCUCCAUGGGAGCUCGGUCCGUGCUGCCCAGAUGCCGCACACCCUUGACGGCUCUGCUCCUCCGCCUCUCAUAGUGCGAUGCGAAGAUUGCCUCCGAGGCCGAUGGUGCGAGAGGUGCCACAAGUGGUGGGAUGAGGAUUGUUACGUGGUUCCAAGUACCGUCCAAAGAACCGAACUGCAGCAGACGGAUAUUGUAGAGACCAUUCAGCCCGACGGGACCAGUUGCAUGCUCCCAAAGCAAAAGACCAAGAUUAUCGGUGUAAGACGUGACUGUUUCGGCUGUGGCCAUACGUGCAUAAGCUGCAAGGAGCUUUUUAUCCGGACAUGCAAGAAAUGCAAGAAUGAGUAUUGCCGUGAGGAUAACGAUGCCUCUUCUGACACCAUGUGUGACUGGUGCAACUACACGUCGCGAAGGACUGUAGAGAUGUAUUGAAUUGACCCCGCAGCACCUCGAGGGUUUUCGUGCCCGCUAUAGGGCUACAGCCAGGCGCUGUUUAUGAUUGAUGCUGGCACAUGAAUAAUGACUUUCUUAGUAUAAUAACUCUCCUCUUGGUAGCAAUAUUCAACACCCCCUCUCAAUUAUCUGAG